GUCAGCGGAAGCGAACGUCGUCGUCGGAGCAGCAGCAGCAGCAACAUUCGCGGCAGCAACGGCAACAUCCAGCAGCAGCAGCAGCAACAGUCGUCGUGUCGCAUGUUGCCAUUCGCGUUGUGUUUGCGCGUUUCGGUGUAAAGUCGCAUUGAGAGACAGGUUGCCAGGCGGAUUAAUGUUGCAGCCUAUUUCGUAACAAAUGACAACAAAAAGUAAAUAAAAUAAAGUGUGUGCUUGUGCCUAGUUUAAGCCAUUGCGAAACAAGUGGAUGAAAAAAAAAACAAACAACAACUUUUGUGGUUUCAAAUUGGUGGCAAGAAAUUAAAGAGAAUUAAUUGAUUUAUGCCUGUGACCUUUGAAAGUGAAGUGCCACCUGUGGAGUCACAAGGAGUUGCGGACAAAAAAUACACAAUAAAAGGUAAAUUUUGAAGAUGCUCUAAAUAGUUGUGAAAAAAAAAACUUUAAAGAAUUAACAAAACACGCACCACACCCAUGGCCAUGCAGGAUAUACGCCUACGCCUGGAACCGCAGCACAGUACAGUCACAUUUUUAGCCUCUGCCUCGUCCUGUUCCGCCUCCACAUCCUCCUCCAACUCGUCAUCCCAAACAGCUGAGACCACGCUGAUUGAGACAGCUGAGAAGUCACCACCAUCAGCAGGCGGCAGUGAACCAGCUGCUGCUACUGCUGGAGCAGUGACAACGACGACAUCGCCGCAGCAUUACUUCCAUCAUCAUCAUCAUCAUCCACCGGCACAGCAGCAGCUUCGUCCCCCAGUAACUCCGCCUUUGCAUCCGCAGCACACACAUCCGCAUUCGCAUCCGCAUCCUUACCAGCAGCGCCGCCCUGUGGAGCAGCUGCAGCUGCUGCACAGCCACCACGAUGCCCAGGAGCUGUCCGGACAGGAGCCAUCGCCCUUGCAUCCACAUCCGCAUCACCUGCGCUCGCCCAGCUCCGAGGAGGAUAAUUCGCCCACUGAAAUGAAUAAUUGCCGUCGUUUGGUUGAUAAACCGCCGCUGGUGAAACGCCUCACCAUGGGCAUCGGCCUGCUGCGAGGCACCGAGGACAGUCGUCCAUUGGUACACAGCACCUGCGGCUCCUCCCUCAACUCUGGCUCUGGCUCCGGCUCAGGCUGCGGCUCUACACAGACCAUCUCGGAUGGCUAUGUGAACGAGGCCAUCUGCGAUGGAACGCCGGAGAAGUAUGUGGCCAGCAAGUUUGGUGACUCCUGCCGCCAGUCGCUAUCCGCCCUCGAGAGUGCCACGCAGCGCCUGCAGGUGGAGCUGCCUGCCAGCAACAAGAAGUAUUUGAGGGAGACGUGCAGCGCCAACUCCAGUCCAAAACUGUUUCCCGCCCAUGGCUCUCUGCGUUUGGAUAACCUCAGCCUGGCCGAGCAGCAGGAGCUGAAGGGAGCUGCUUGGUUUCAGGCGGGCAUACCAAGAGAAAUCUCUUUAGAGGUCCUUUCGAGGCAGAGUCCUGGCGCCUUUUUGGUGCGUCAGAGCAGCACCAAGCCAGGAUGCUUUGCCCUGUCGCUGAGGGUGCCACCACCUUCGCCAAGAGUGGCUCAUUAUCUGAUCUUAAGGACACAAAGGGGCUACAAGAUCAAGGGCUUCACCAAGGAGUUUAGCUCCCUGAAAUCCCUGAUCACCCACCACUCGGUGAUGCCGGAGCUCCUGCCAGUGCCACUGACGCUGCCACGCCCGCCCAGUGCUCGUUCCCAGCGAGCCUACGAUCAGGAUCGGGAUCGAGGCGGCAGCAUCCAGAACGGAAACGGAGGCGGAGGGGAUUUUGAGAUGUACGGCUCGCUGAAUGACUUUCGGAAAAUGAUGGCCGAUUUGAAUGUGUGACCGCCGCCGGGCGCCGGGCACUGUAUACUGGACACUGGACACUUAAUUAAUUAAGUAAUUAUGUCACGUUGAUUGAAUUAAGCGGCGCGGCUUGUCACAUUGUCCGGGUCGAGACAGGAUAACAAUCUGUUUAAUUUGCGUAAUUGGCUGUGCGGACGACGGUUGACGUGGCUACCGAUGAAUAGGCUCCAUCCCGCCCCUGUGUGUGCACCUGUCCACCCAUUGCUGUGUCCACCUGUCCACCUGCCCCGUCAGGUGCUACAAAAAUUGCACAAAUUUUUUUAUGAAAAUUGAUAAUAAAAUCAGCAUGGAAUCGCGCACGAAUGUGCUCAAAAUCAUUUUUGCAAAACUGAUUAAAAAGGUGGAAAAAUACGCAAACACAGACACCCAGAACGAGCUGAUUAUUAUUUUUCUGCGUUUUCAUCAUGAUUUUUCCAUGAUUUUUUUUCGCAAGAGAGAGAGAGAGUGGCAGGUGCAGCAGACACAGACAUCUGAAUGGGGCAGCCGGAUUAAAUGUUAAUGUUUUUUUUUCGGGAGUGCAUUUGAUGCCCACAAAAUAAAGGAAUACAACUAGAUAGAUAGACUUGAAUACAUAUAUGAACUUGAUGAUAUCAAUCCAUGUACUUUGUG